GAGGCUUAAACUCAUAAUACUACAGCAACGUACCUACUACCGUCUCCCAUAGCUGCAACAGAAGUAACCAGCAUUGACUCAGCCCUUUAAACCACUCUUUCAAAAUGUCGGCAAGCAAGCCAAUUCUCAUUUCAGGCGCCGGGCUCUCGUCACUGCUCCUCGCACAAUCCCUCCGGCAGUCCAACAUCCCCUUCCGCAUCUUUGAGCGCGACGCUUCCUUCGCCUUUCGUGCUCAGGGCUACCGCCUGCGUCUGUCAGCCGAGGGACUGGACGCCAUCGAGUCGGUUCUCGACCCCCAGAAAUGGCAGCACUUCUGGGACAAGUGCGGCAAGACCGGCGGCAGCGGCUUCACCGAACUCGACGCCACCACUGCCGAACAGAAGGAGCACGCCGUCCGUGAGGACCUGUCGUCCCGCGACAACAAGAUCGUCGGGAUAGCCAGGGGCACCAUGCGCGAGCUGUUCGCCGAGGGCUGCGAGGAACACAUCGAGUGGUCCAAGACCGUCACCGGCUACGAGCUGACGCAAGAAGGCGUUCGGGCAGUCUUUGCGGACGGCACAAUGUCCGUCGAAGGAUCCAUGCUCGUGGGGGGCGAGGGCAUCCGCUCCAAGGUCGCCAAGCAGGUCUCGGGCGGGCGGCUCAAGGUGUACGACACAGGCGCGAGGGGCAUCCAUGGCCAGGCACCCACGACGGCUUUCAAACACCUGGGCGAAGGCGUCUUCCGGCUGCGAGACGGCACGCGACCCGACGGCACCGUCAUCGUCAUGACAAACGUACGCUCGAGCGAUAUGGACGACCCCAACAUCAAGUUUGGCUGGACGCUGGGAGGCCAGCCAGGCGUCAUCAAUGCCCCCAACGACGACCUCGCAAUCGUUGGCAAGAAAGCGGCCGACAUUGCCAAGUCCCUUACCAAAGAUUGGCACCCGCAUUUGAAGCCACUGUUCGACGAAAUGGACGAGUCGGAAGCUGCCUUCUGGAAGAUCACGUGCUCGACACCGUGGGGGGUGCCUGAGUGGACCAACGAGCCUCGCGUGACUGUCAUUGGCGAUGCUGCUCAUUCCAUGACCCCGGCAGGGGGUCUUGGUGCCAAUACAGCGGUUCAGGACGCCGCCUUGCUCGGGAGGUUGUUACGCGAGGCUGGCGGGUACAGGCCCGGCAUCACGGCCGCGUACGAGAAGGAAAUGAGGAUUUAUGGCAGUAGCGCUGUUCACAAGAGCUACUCCAUCGCCGUCGGUGUGUUUGGUAUCCAGGUUGACGAGAAUUCUCCAACUGUGUAGCUAGACAAUAGAUCGAGCGUAGACACCUAUUCACCAUCAGUAGGGUGAUAGAGGAGGCGUUGACCCUGAGCUUCGUUAAAGGAGAAGAUGCGUGUCCGGAGGCGCCUGGUCUGACUACUAGUUCUGCUUCGGCUAGCAAUGGGAGGGCUAGUUGAUGUCUUCGGUAGAUGCAAUCUAGAGUGAAUGAUCUGCAAAUACCAAUUCAGUUAGAACAACUAUUGACAAGAAAAAGUAUUUCUUUCGAGU